UCGGAGCAGGACGAACGCGAAAAACGGCGAGGACUCGCGCGUGUGGAAGAUUUUGUGUCGUCCCGGGCCAGAUUAGUACUUCGUGAUUUCGUGAUUUUAUUGCCCUGGAGUGUAGAACAUAGUGUGUUUGAAUAUCCGCAACAGAAAGUACGAUGGCCAGCGACAGAUUUUUAUCACAGCAAGCCGUUUCGGUCGCCGGAAGAUGAAAAAAGUUCCUCAUUUCGCGGAUCGCUUAGGGAUUUUUUGAGAAAUUUUAGCGGUGCGCCACUCCGAACAAGAUGUGGCACGAAGCGAGAAAACAGGAGAAGAAAAUCCGCGGCAUGCUGGUCGAUUAUCGGAAGCGUGCCGAACGGAGACAGCAUUUUUAUGAGAGAAUUAAAGCCGAACCGACGCAGUUCCUUCAAGUGCACGGCCGCAAAUGCAAGAUCCACCUGGACGCGAGCGUCGCCGCAGCUGCCGAGAAUCCCGCAAUCAUGAUGCCAUGGCAAGGACAGAGGGACAACUUGAUCGAUCGUUUCGAUGUGCGAGCCCAUCUCGACUACAUAGCACCGGCGCCGCGACAACCGGAAUCUGAAACGGGUUCCGAACUAGUCGUGGUCGAGGAUGCCGAUGAACGAUCGAUGAACUAUGAACGGUUUCGGGUGCUUGCCCAGAACGAAUUUCUCGGUAUCGUCGAGGAAAAGUAUCUUCAUCAGCUGUACCUCGAGGAGCAGUUUGGUGUAAACGCGCAAGUUGAAGCUGAAACCAAGGCCGCUGCAGCUGCAUCAAAAAAGAAAUCAUCUGCCGGUGCUGCGAUCGGAUAUACCUACGAAGAAACGGAAAUGGCAGGAAGCUCUGCUGGUGGCGGUGGAGGAACCGGAGCCGGUUCCGUAGUUGGCAGUUCAUUGUCAUCCUCCGGGAACGUCCCCUUUUCCCAAUCGAUUUCAGCCAUCGAGAAGUCGGUCGAAGGUCCAUCACCAGUGGCAACCGGAGGUAGUAGUGGGGGAGCAGCGGUUCGCUUUGACGAGUGCAUGAAAGAUGAGUCGGAUUCAGAUCUCGAUAUGGACGUGUCGAUCGAUAUCAACAAAAUUGGUACCACGCAGGCCCACGAACUGAAUGCUUGUGGGCGCCAGUACGGUAUGCAGAGCAACGAUUUCUAUUCCUUCCUCACAAAGGAUGCCGAUGAAGCGGAUGCAUUGAGAAUGGCACGUGAGGAGGAGCAGGAGAAGAUCAUGUUCAGUGGUCGAAAGAGCCGACGGGAACGGCGGGCCCAGCGGGAACGCAAGUUCGCCGGUAGACCGCUCAGCCCACCAAGCUACGCAGCGAAAGAGGAACUGGUGCCAAGGACUUUUGUCGAGACGAAUGAUAGUUCCCGCUCGCCCUCACCGGUCAAUUCGGGCAAGAUCACCUACAUUACUUCGUUCGGUGGUGAGGAUGAACUGCAGGCACAUGGGAAGAUAUCGUUCGGUUUCAGUCGCGAUAUGAGCACUCUCGGUGGCAUUGCCGCUGGUACAUCGAAAGCUGCCCGGUUACGCUCCGCUGCUGUUGCUUCGGGCACGGCAGGUAGUGGUGGAGGCGGAGGUGUGGUAACAUACGCCGAGAAGGUUAAGCAAAAUCUUGAAAAGCUGAAAGCUCAGGAACCGAAAGAGAUUGACCGGAAACCGCCGGUACAGUAUCAGCGCCAGGCAUCGACGGGCCGAGCGGGAAGACGAGGUGGUGGUAGCCGAAGAAGUGCCAGCAGUAGCAGUGGAAGCAGCCGGAGAGGUGGCCGAAGAACUAGAGCAAGAAGAAGAUCAUCCAGCAGCAGUAGCAGUAGUAGCGGAAGCAGCAGUAGCAGCAGGAGCCGCAAUCGGGGCCGUGCUAGUAAGAGUCCGCCAGUAGGAAGACGCCCGACCCGAAGGUUACCGGACAGGGGUGGUCGGAGUAGAUCACCGUCAAAAGGAAGACGCUGCACGGGUGGCGCCGGUAGCCGUCAUGCGGCACAUUCACGAUCACAUCGAAGACGCUCAAAGUCUGACACUCGUUCCCGUUCGCGAUCACGAUCAAGAUCACGAUCGCGGACACGUUGGAGUCCGGUGGCACGAAAACGGUCCCCACGAUAUGGCUCCCGAACACGCAAAGGAUCACCGAAACGUUCCUCUUCCUCAUCUACCUCAUCGUCGCGAUCGCGUUCUCGUACACCGCCAAGCCACAGCCGUACGCAAACGUCAACUCGAGCCGGUCCCUCGAAACGCACCGUGUCCGGAUCGGAUAGCUCCGAUAGUUCGUCGGCUGGUUUCGCGAGAAAAGUUCGCACAACACAAGUCACAGUUCCUCAGGAGAAGAAAAAGCAGCCUCCGAUAGCAGCCGUUAUUACGCCAGCAAUUCUCAGCACACUACCUCUAUCUCUCCCUCCUCCGCCUCCUCCACCGCCAUUACCACCUCCGGCGGUAUCCAGCGAACCGGUGGUGGAAGAAAAAAAACCAAUUCUAGCUCCACUGGCUAUAAUCGAACCGGAGCCGUCAGUUCCGAUCAAGCGCUA